CACGCUUCAGAUGCCAUGUUUAAUAAGAAAAGUCGUGUGGUUCUCCCUUUGACUGUGGAAGAGUAUCAAGUUGGUCAGUUAUUUUCUGUGGCAGAAGCAAGUAAAAAUGAAACAGGUGGUGGUGAAGGAAUUGAAGUUUUAAAAAAUGAGCCAUUUCACGAUGUCCCACUUCUUGGUGGAAAAUUUACAACUGGUCAGUACACUUACAAGAUAUAUCAUUUGGCAAGUAAAGUUCCAGCAUUUAUAAGAUUACUAGCACCAAAAGGGUCUUUAGAAAUACAUGAAGAAGCUUGGAAUGCUUAUCCAUACUGUAAGACAGUGAUAACAAAUCCAGAUUACAUGAAAGGGAAUUUUGAAAUUUGUAUUGAAACAAUGCAUUGUGGGGAUUGUGGUGAUCAAGAAAAUGUCCAUGAAUUAAUUCCUGAAAAACUGAAACAGCGGGAAAUUGUAUAUAUUGAUAUUGCUAAUGAUCCCGUUGAGACAAGAGAUUAUAAGCCAACCGAAGAUCCAACUAAAAUUAAAUCUAACAAAACAGGAAGAGGGCCACUUGUUGGUAACUGGCAGAAAACUGCUGAUCCAAUCAUGUGUGCUUAUAAAUUGGUCACAUGUGAGUUCAGGUGGUUUGGAUUACAAAAUCGUGUGGAAUCCUUUAUACAGAAAACGGAAAGACGUAUAUUUCUCAACUUCCAUCGGCAAGUGUAUUGUUGGUUAGAUCGUUGGCACGGACUAACAAUGAAAGAUAUAAGAGACUUAGAAGAGAAAACCAAACGAGAAUUGGAUGAGCAAAGAAAGCAAGGUGCAGUCAGGGGUACUACUGGAGAUAUAGAAUGAAAUCCUCUACUAUAUUAUAAUAAAGGCUAUGGAUGAAAUUAUUCUUGAGCAUAUCUAUUCCAAAUUGAGAGUAUUAAAUUAAAAAGAAAAAAAAAUAUAUUGUUUUGACAGUAUGUUCAUGUUGUGUGAAGAAAAACAGAAGUAAUUCUCAUAGGUAGCUAAUUUCCCCAUUUUCUCAGCCCACUACAUGGCCAUCAACCUAGUCAACAUAUAUUUGGGAACCCUUGUUACAUCACACUUCAUUUGAAAAUCAGAAAAGAGAAUCAGUUUUUGUUGAAACAUGAUUAAACAGAUUUCUUAAGUUUUAUUCAUGCAAUACAAAAAAAAAUAAUUUUUAAAGAUUCCUUUUUCUAGAAUUCAAACCUUUUUCAGGAAGAUUUUAAUAAUCGAACAAUUUUCGUUGAUGGAAAAUUGUAAUCCCAUUUAUUGAAAUUGUUAAGUGUAUAUAAUGAUACUGUUCGAUGGCGAAGUAUGUCUUAACAAGGGUUCCUAUCUGAGUACUGUUAGAUUAAAUUUGUGCAAAAGAAUAAUUAGCAUUUAACUAUUGUAUAUGCCAUUGUACAGAUAGAAAUCUUAAAUGAGUACCUUUGUAAGUACUCUAAUAGCAAAUCUGUCUGUUGUAGUUUAAUUUUUGCUGCAAAUUCUGUCACAAAGAUGGUAUACAUUCCUUCAAUUUUUUGCUAAUUUAUUGAAUGGUUUUGGCAGAGAAGACAAUUAAGUGAAACGACGAUUGUAUUCUUUCACAUUAUGGAAUUUUUGUGCUUCCACUGUUCCUUAUUUUGACUGCUGUUAAUAAUUUAUGAUUUAAUGUGACUUUUUUAAUUUUCUAAUGAUUUAAUCUUGGGAUGUUUAGAAGAAAGAAGUUUUGUGUGUCCUUUACUGUUCAGAAUGAGCCAAUAGAAAACAUUCAUUUGCCAAAGAAGGGGGGGCAUGUGCAAAAAAGCAGUGAUAAUCAGAGAUGAAAUGAAAUUGCAUUCCAAAUGAUGUAAGCACAUUCAUUGUAUCCACCACAUUUUGACUGUAACUAAAGAAUUUGACAAUUUGUUUUUUUUUUUUUUUUAUUUGUUCGAAGUAAACACCAUCCAUGCCAGAAAACAUAAUGGUGUCGUUUGUUUUUCAAUUUAUUACCAGAUUUUUUUUUCUAAUUCGAACCAAUGCAGCCAGUUCAAAGGCUCUCCACACAAAAAUUAAUGCAAAAGUUACUCGAGAAUUUAAAUUUUAAAAGCUCAUUUUCACCUUUCCAUUGUGCCUCUGUCACCAUAUUAAUGCCAAAUAAAAUUUAAUGGUUAAAUGGCACCUAAGAACUGUAUAUGUUUAUUUUUGGAUAGUUAGUUUAGUAAAAAUUGUGCUGAAGAAACCAGAAAAAUCAAACUUGCUGCAAUUAUUGUAUAGACAGCAGUCAUGUAUACUUGUCCAGAGAUGUGAUGUAGUUGCAUCUUCAUCGUGACUAUAAAAGAAAAAAUACACCUCAAAUUAAUGCCAUA